CCAAAAUGUAAGUGGCUUAAGAGCGAAGAUUUGUUUCAUAAAAGCUACCCCCAACAAACCGAUUAGCCAAGAAGCAAAGGAAGCGCUGAGACGAGAAGUGACCGGCGGCGGCGGCGGCUGCUAUGGCAGAUUUGUUGGGGCGGUGGGUUUAUUACGGGAGUAUUCGUGGUCGGAUCGGAAGGCUCAAGCUUAUGCUCUUUCCUCUUUCCGCUUUCCUCCCUCCUCCUCCUCCCCCCUGCAGGUACUGAUGGACGGACGGCGACUAAGGAGAGGGGGGAAAAAUCCUUGGCUGGUGAUGUCGGAAAGCUGUUUGAAUGCCCAGCGAGGAGGGAGGUGCGAGAGGGAGCGAGAUAGUAAAGCUCUGUCUCGGGUGUGCGCGCCGGCGCGCGGUGCUCGCUUUCCCUUGGGCGCGCGCGCGGGGGCUGCGCGUGUCCCGAGAGCGCGUCAGCGCAGCGGCCUCCCGCGUGCUCGUGUGCGCGCGCGUCCCGGGUGCCGCGCGCCCUCUCCUGCACAGCUGCGGUGCGCCCAGCCGCCCGCCAGAGGCUCGGCUCGCGCGGCGCGGCCGCUGCGACUUCCUGGAGUUCUGCCUACCGGGUGCGCGGGCGGGUGUGUGAGAGAAGGCGAGGGGAGCCGCAGGGUGGGAGAGGAGGGAGUCCCGGCGGGAGGGCGGGGUAGAGGCUGGCGGGAGGGGGGCUUCACGGAGCUCCAGCCAGGGCCGCGGUGCGCCUGCACGUCACGGCUACUCAAACCCAAGCACGUCCCGAAAGCGGUAUUUUCUGCGUCUGGGAGGUUUUUGCAUCCUCAGUUCCCACCGCUGGGGCUGGCGGCGACCAACUGUAAGAGAAACUCACUGGGAGGCGAGGCAGGGGGGUGCGGAGGAUGGGAAGGCGACUCUGAAGGGUGGGAAGUGAAUGCUGGACUUGAUCGUCUUUCUCUGUCUUUCAGCGCGGACCUGUCGCAGCCAGAGAGCUGUCAUUUUAGCACCGGGAUUCAGAAUUGAUCCAGUCCGCAGCGGAGGGGGCACAUCCCAGCUCCCGAGCUGCUGAGUGUCUCUGGCUGGAACAAUAGUAGUUUUUCUCUGCGAGGCUGCAAUUAACAUCUUAUUUGUUCUGGCUCCAUACAGGCUUUGUCAGGAUCGCGGUGCGGCGACCGAGGUUGGGCUCUUGCAUUGCUUUCUGCUUGGCAAUGGAAUCAUGGUUUCGGGGUCUAAACUUUUGUUUCAUUUUGUAGUCUUAAUGCAUCUGAUUCUUUUUCAAGUUUCCCUAGUAACAGGUUUGGGGACGGGGUGGGAAGAAACGAGAAAAGGGGUGAAGAGAAACAACCAGAUUAUAUAGAAAGGGAAAAGGGAUAAGUUUCCCCACCUUUUAAUCUAUCUGCCUGUCUAUCUAUCUAUUAUCUAUCUAUCAGUCAUUUUGCCUCCUGGACAGUUGGCUGACGAAGUGUCUGAUAAACCAGCUUCAGAUACAUGCUACAAAAGGUCAUUCGCCUCCUGAUUAUGUCUCUACUUGUAAACGCAGUUGGUGGUUUGCAAAACAAGUGCUAAAAUAGUGCAAUGAUGUGGUGGGAGGAAACCACCAUGGGCAAUUCAUAUAAAGUGCUGGAAUCUUCAUAAGGGCUACUGAGCUGGCCUGAUGAUGAUCCUGCUGAGAUAUAUUUAUAGCAGAUGAUUUGUGGAUGAUAACUACGCCAAGCAAGACACGGUCUCCAGUAACCCCAGGCUCGUCUGAUUUCCUCAGGGGAUUAUAAUCAAGAAUCAGGAAAAGAGCCCUAUAUGAACAGUCUGGUCUCUGGACACGAACAACAGCACAAUCCAAAGGCAAAGCAAGGAAGGAACCACUUUGUUUCAUGUCUGCAAGAUGCUCCAUAUAGAAAGCAUUGCUGACAUGUUGACCCAACAGCAAAAAGAGAGCAGCAGUUCACACACCCUCAGCUCUCUGUCCUUUCGUUUCUAUUGAUGUUGGUCCACUUUUAUGAUUUAAUACAUAUUAAAUUCACCAUUUCAAAUUAUCAUUAUCUGCUUUCAUUGGUCUUUUUCACGAGUCCAAGUGUAUGUCUAUAUUUAUGUUUAUAUAUAUAAACACAUAUUUAUACAUACCUAUGUAUAUGUAUGCACACAUUUGCAAGUAUGCAUACACAUAUGUGUGUGUAUAUAUGUAUUUGAUAUGUAUGUAUUUCAGUUGAUACACAUAUAUUUGCUUGGGAAGUUUCACUAUAUUGCUUUGUAUUUCUCUGUUAUAAAGUAAUGCAUUUCAUUCCAAAACUACCAGAUUAAUUGUAUAAAUUGAUUAUUACAUAAGUUUCCUUGAUGAUUUACAGAAGAACUAUUGAGAGGUCAGUGUUAGCACAUCAAAAUAUAGACUGGUAUUACAUUUUAAAUUGACCCAGGUAUUUAAAGUUAAAGCCUUUGAAAUUUAUCUCUCCUAUUAUUAAUGCAUUUUAUUAAGAUUACUUUGGAAUGAUGAGGUUUCUAAGUUUGAUUUAUCUCUGUUUUUCAUCUUUUUCUCUGUAUGUGCUAAAUUUAGUCCCUCCACUUUGAGAAUAACCCUAUAAUCCAGGAUCACUGCUUAAAAUUCAGUAUCAUUUGCACAAUUCUCAUACUCAAAUAAGAAUGUUUCUAGAAUACAUUUACUCAAUUUUAAAAAGUGUUUUCUCUUUCCUUCUUUCUCUCAUAGUCUUUCUGAUAUUACCAUAUUACCACAUUCUAAAUUCUGUAACUUGUUAUUUUCAGUAAGGCUUUAAGAAGCAUGGAUAGGCUUGUAGGUUAUUUCUUGUUAAAUAUGCCUUAAUCUUUUAGUAUUUAGUAUUACUAUUUAGUUUUUAGUAUUUAGUAUUUGGUAUCUCCCAUAUAUAUAUACACACAUAUAUAUAUACACACUAUACACACACACACACACACACACACACACACAGCUUUUGGAAUGUUAAUUAAAUGAUCAAAAUAUUAUAAGAUUACAUUGUUAUGAGUACUUAACUUACCCUUAAAAGUAGCAUAUUUACUAUAAACUGAAACAACUUCUUCUUCUUCUCUGUCUCCUCCUGAUUAUUAUUUUUUUGUUGUUGUUAUUAAAUAAGGAACUCUCUCAGGAACCAAGCUGUAUAUCCUCUAGUCUCUUUGAAAAAACAAAUUGGUCAUUUUCUACUUGGACAUCCCAGAAUAGAAAGUACAUGGAAGUACUAAAAAAUAAAGGGAUAGACUUGGGGUUAAGGGAGAUGUCAUAGAACAGCUAUCCUGGGUUAGUUCAAGUGUAGUCCUAUCCCAUGCCAGGCAAAGUCAAGGUUAAGUUUAGUCCAAAAAUCCCAGUUACAUCAAGUUUCCAUUUUUUAUCAUUAUUUCCCUAUACAACGAUACAAGUUUUAAAAAAGUCGGUAAAUACUUUUGGCCAUCAAUUUUCAAGGUUUCGUUGGUGAUAUUAAGGAAAUACUGUAAGUAGGUAACACAUAAUGUCACAUCUGUGUGCUGUAGAAGCAUCUUGAAAAAUAUGGACUUUAAAAGCUCAAAAUAUGUGUUUGCAAUUGAACAUACAUUCACCCCCAAAUUUGUCCUUUUUCAGCUAGUUAUUUUUUCAUAUGAAGUUACUAUACUUCUACCAUUAUCUUUAAUCUCUGAAAUUUCAAUUAUACUAGAAAUCAGGAUUCUUCAUUUUUACUCACGAACCUGACACUAAGUGUAUACCUCAUUAAGGACAAGAAGCUAUGAAUUCUCUGGACUUCAGUUAUCUCACAGAAAAAAGCUUGAUUGAAUAAUGUCUAAGGCUCUUCCUGACAUAUUCUAAAUAACAGAAGGUGUCUCACAAGAAAUGGAAGCAGUGAGAGAAAAAUGCAAUUAAAUCCUAGACUAGAAAGAAUCACAAUUUUUCCACUCACAGGUUGGUAAUGCCUCUCUAUUCUAUCAUAAUUUUGAAAACCUCCGUAGUUUUACCAGCUUUGCCUUACCCCGUUGCUAUCAUCUGCUGAGGUACAGACAGUCCUUUCCAUUUUUGUUCCUCUCCCACUCUAAUAAUUUUUUUUUCUUUGACAGAAGUCCCACUUUACCAUUAAUGAUGACAAUAACUAAAGCUGCCAGGAACAGCACAUUUGCUGACCUUUAUCAACACCAGAUUCUCGCAUUUUGCCUUCUGGAUCUCCAUGCUCUUUUAUACCAGCAAACAAGAGGAAGAAUAUUCUCUACCCAUUUCCUUGACUGAAGCCUGCUCUUUUAUGAAGAUAUGGCAUCUCUUCCAACCGUGUCAAACAGAAGCAAUUUAUGUGUAUGCCGCUUCCAUACCCUGAUUCAAUGGGUCAGGGGCAGAAUCAGUAUCCUUACUCUCCCCUUUGGUUUCAAAUAUUUACUCCUCAUUUCCCUUUCAUGCCCACCUUUCUGUAGAGAUCAAGGCAUUUGCCUUUGCAGCUUUACCUCUUCUUCCAGAUUAUAUUUUCCAUUCAUGGAAUCUUUUAGCUGCCGGCUCGCAGUUUUUCUGUCCACCUGACUUCCAUUCCUCUUCUCAUGGCUUCAGCUCCCAUGCAGAUGUCUUAUCCUGACACACUAGCUUCUCCAUUCUAUUUCUGUUUUUUGUUUGUUGUUUGUUUGUUUUUUGUUUGUUUUUUCCUACUACUUCAACAACAUUUCCCUAUGGUCUUUAACUAAAAAGUCAAACCAGUGACUAAACCACUCCCAAUAUUUAACAUUUAAUGUUUCAGUGCCUUAAUUACCACCUUCUACUUUUAAAAACUCACCUCCUAAGUAACCACAUGGAAUCAAGUCUUUCACAAAAUUCAGGUCUUUAUUAUUAUUAUUAUUAUUAUUAAUUCCCACCAGUUUCUACUCUUAUCUUCAUUUUCCUCCUUAUACCCUGUGGUAAGCAGCCUCUCACAUGGACCCUAAUGAUCCCUACUUCCUGGUAUGUGCGUCCUUGUGUAAUUGUCUCUCUCUUGAAUGUGGGCUAGAUUUAGAAAUUUGCUUUUAUCAAACAGAAUAUGGUAGUAGCAAUGGGAUGUUAAGAUAUAAAAUGAAUGUGUCUUCCAUCUUGGGAGCUCCUUUACUCUUCCUUAGAGCAUUUGUUUGCAAUAAGCCAGGUACCGUGUUAUGAUACCGUCCUAAAUAGAGAAGUCCAUGUGAGUUUGGCCUUCUGAGGCCUGUCAAAAGACACAUGAGUGAGCUCAGAAGUAGAAGCUUCCUCAUUCAAGUCUUGAGAGGACUGCAGUCCAGCCAACAUCUUGGUUGCCCUUUCAUGACAGGCUUGUGCCAGAAUCAAGCAGCUAAGCUGCUUCUGGAUUCCUGACCUACAAACACUAUAGAUCAGGAAUGUUUGUGGCUUCCAACUGCUAAAUUUGGGGAUAAUUUGUUAUGCAAAUGUAGGUAACUAAUGUAUACCUCAUGGAUUCCACGCCCAUUGUUAUGAUAAUUUACUUACAACCAUCUUCAGCUAUUUACUACAUUUUUCUGGCUGGAUCACCAUGUUUACUGUGAUGGACAACUGCCCUUCCUGAUCCAUGACCCAUGCAACAGAGCAUUACUGAAGAAAUUCACACCCUCAGGCAAUUAGAUGUCCCUGUAAAGUUAUAGUCAACAGGUUCUUAUGACCUCACCACAUAGACUGUUACUUAUAAGCUCCCUCUCUUAUUACACCUAUGGAUAUUUUGUAACUUUUCUUUGAUCAUUAAAAAGCUUCUCCUCAACUCUUGAAUGAUAAGUGAUAACCUUUUUUCAUUCAUUAUUUAUAAAACAGAUGUGAUUAGAUGGAAAAUACCUUACAUUCAUUAAACUGACUUUACCUUCCCCCAUUUUCUCCUGUCUUCCUAUCUCCAGGGAGAUACUGCCCUUAUCUAAGAGGUCAUCCCCUCCACAGGUAACUUGGAUCUUACUUCUACUGGCUUUCACACCUCUCUCCUGGGCCACUUCCAUCAGCAUACAUAUUUUAUAGCAAUACUACCCGUCUAAAAACUUCUGAUCAAUAACCUGUUUCUUAGAUCCCCUUCAUAACGAAUCUUUUUUAAAAAAGCAAUCACAUUCACUUCACUUCCUCACUUCCCUCUCAUUUCUCAACUCAAUCCAUUCUGGCUUCCACCCCCACAAUUCCACUGAAAAAAUUCUUGUCAAAAAUCACUAAAGACCUUCAUGUUGCCAAGUUAAAGGGAUAAAUGUUUUUCUCAUCUUACUCCAACUUUCAGCAGCAUUUUAAAUGCAAUGCCCUCCUUUUGGAAACCACUUCUAUUUUGGUUUCUGUUUUAUCAUACUCUCCCAGAUGUACUUUUAUGUCACUGAUCACUGUGAAGACACUGAGACGCUUCUCAGUGUCUUUUGCUUGUUCUUCUUCCAUGUUAACUUGAAAUGCUGACUACUGUAGUGAUAAGUGUUGGAUGUACUUCCCUUAUUUCUCUACCACCUCCCCUUUGGUGAUCAAAUCCACUCCCUAAUAUUGAAUAUCACCAUAAGUAUGUAUAUGUACAUACAUGCAUACACACAUAUGAAUAGACACCCCAUGUAUAUUCCUUUAACAAAGAUAUGUCCUCUGAGCUCUAGAUUUUUAAAUAAUCAACUGCCGUGAUUUAUAUCUCUACUAAAUAUGCCUCACAGUCAUCUCAGAUUUGGGGUAAUUAAAGGAAACUUCCUGAUUACUCCAGAGAAAUGUGCCCUUCCCUCAGUCUUUCUGUUUCAGGAAAUGACAUCCCUAUCUACCUAGUUAUUCAAUUGGCAAACAUGGGAAAGAUACUUGCUGCUCAUUUUCUAUCAUUCUACAUCUAAUCCCUUGACAAAUAUUGCCUGUCCACUUUGUGUAAGUUUCCUAGGGCUGCCAUAAUAAAAUUCCACAAUGUGGAUGGUUUAAGCAACAGAAAUUUAUUUUUUUCACAGUUUUGGAGGCUAGAUGUCUAAAAUCAAAGUCCCUAUUGGAUUGGUUCCUCUGGGGCCCCUUUCUCUGGCUUGCAUAUGGCUGCGGUCUUGCUGCCUCUUCAAAUGGGGUUGGGGGUGUGCAGAGAUGGGCACAAUUCAGCUCAUGAUAUAACUUCAAUACAUAGAUCUCAAAUCUAACCAGUUCUUUCUUUUUUCACUGUUACCCUUUGUGUGUGUGUGUGUGUGAAGUAUGUAGUUUUUGCUUAGUCUCUUCCACCUGACAUUCAAUAUUCUUUAUUAAUCUAUCUCUAAUAAGUUAUACUUCAAAAAAUGUAUCCCUUUAAAAUCAAAUGAAAAACAUUUUAAUUCCAGGUACUUCUCACAUAUCACAAAUAAUAAAAUCCAAACUUUUAAUCGCGACCAACAGUGCCCUACCUCAUCUGAUUCUUGCUCCUCUCUCUAACUUCAUCUUGUACCACACUUCUGCUUACAUAUAAUGCUCAAGCUACAUUUACCUUUUUCUAAGUCAUGAGGACACUACAUUUUUAUCUCCUUACAAUCUUCCAAUGUCAGGAUCAUUCUACCUGGAAUAAACUUCCCUUUUUCUACUGAUAGGAGAAACUUUAUAGGCCUGACCUGCUCACUUCUCAUACCUCAGAUUUCAUCUUGAAAAUUCCCUUUUCAAAGUUUUUGAAAAUUUUUUUUAACCACCCAAUCUAUGGUGCUCUCUCCUUGUGUUCUCUUUCAAGGUACUUAUCUGUCUUUUUUUUUUUUGUGUGUGUGUGCUCAGGUAUAUAUUUUUUUCCUUUUUUAAAAUUAUACUUUGUAAGUUCUGGGAUACAUGUGCAGAACAUGCAGGUUUGUUACGUAGAUAUACACGUGUGCAUGUUCUCACUCAUAAGUGGGAGCUGAACAAUGAGCACACAUGGACACAGGGAUGGGUAACAUCAAACAUCGGGGCCUAUCUGUUUUAUACUAGUUACCAAUUUUUAUUUAGUUGGUCUUCAUCUUUUUGCUUUUUAUUAGUGUGUUAGCUCCAUCAUUACAAACUCCUGCCUAAAGUAGUGCGAGACACAUGGUGAGCACUUCCUAGGUCUUUAGUGAAUACAUGGGUUGAACAACAUGAUGAAUCUUAUAUGUGGGUAUUAGUUGUGUUCAUUGGAGAAAUAUCUAUUCCAACAGCUCACAUAUUCCUGCAUGAUAACUCAGCUAGAGUUCUCUCUUCCCUGGACCAAAUUCCUGAUUUCCUGAGAAAUUUCCCAGGUGACAUGGUCUCCAGACUUUUCAUCUUUAUGACUGUUUUCAAUUGAACUUACCUAGUUUGUCACAGUUCUUUGAUGCCACAAUUAAAAUACUGUAGAUUUCA